GUAGUAGUGGGGCCCGGAACGAGUCCCUGACUCUCUCGGUUCAGUCGCCGUUCGUUCGCCGGGCCCCGUCGUCGAUGCGUUACGCGGCUUCACCCGGAACCUCGAAAUUCUCCUCGAAAAUAUUCGUUUGCGCGUCGACCGCGUCGGAGGGAAAAGGAGGGGGAGAACGAGAACUCUCGACACGACCGCGACGACGCGUUGAUUGCUCUUAUCCUUCCUCUCUCGCGCUUCGGUCGCGUUAACGAGGCUCGAAACGAAUUCGAGCCGAUCGGAUUCGAGCGAAAAGGUGAGUUCACGCGAGGUGCGGUACUUGGUGGUUGAUCGGUUACGCGCAUCGAUCAUCGACCGUUGAACACGAGAAAAAGAAGCCAGCCACAUCACGGCCCGGUCCGCGAGAUUUCGAAGAAAACGACGCCUCGCAGGAAGAAACAAGCCUGUCGACCAAUAAGCGCGUGGUCAACGCGCAGCAAUUGGCUCGUGGGAAAACAAAACAACGGAAUCGAACGAAUCUAGUUGCUUCUCUGGCGUGGAUUUCGGAAACGAGUUUUCAGCCGGCUGUGCUGAUUCAUCAAAGGGGUUCCUUGAUCGAGGGACGCGAUGGCGGUGUUUGGAUUGGUCUCGGCUGUGGCCGGGUUCGUCAAGGUGCGAUACCUCGUGGACAAGGCGAUAAUCGACAACAUGAUCUUCAGGGCCCACUACAGGAUUACCUCCGCGAUUCUAUUCGCUUGUUGCAUCAUCGUGUCCGCCAAUAAUCUCAUAGGCGACCCGAUAAAUUGUCUGAGCGACGGAGGGGUAGAGGACAACGUGAUAAACACGUACUGUUGGAUCACGUACACGUUCACUCUGCCACGCAACGUCGGUAAGCCUGUGGGUACCCACGUGGCUCAUCCCGGAUUGGGUACCGAUCUCGGCGAGAAGAGGUAUCACUCGUAUUAUCAGUGGGUGCCCUUCAUGCUGUUCUUCCAAGGUGUUCUAUUCUACAUACCGCACUGGAUAUGGAAGCAGUGGGAAGAGGGCAAGGUCAGAAUGAUAUCCGAGGGCAUGAGGGGUGUUAUGGUCGAUAACAAGCCCGAACGACAGGCCAAGGCCCAACGACUGGUCAAGUACAUCGCGGACACGAUGCACCUGCACAACACCUACGCGGCCGGCUACUUCUUCUGCGAGGCUCUCAACUUCGUUAACGUGGUGGGAAACAUAUUUUUCAUCGACUCGUUCCUGGGCGGCGCGUUCUUGACUUACGGCACCGACGUGUUGAAGUUCAGUAGCAUGAACCAGGAGCAACGCAGCGAUCCCAUGGUCGAGGUCUUUCCUCGCGUCACCAAGUGCACCUUCCACAAGUUCGGUUCUUCCGGGACCAUCCAGAAGUUGGACGCCCUCUGCGUCCUCGCUCUGAACAUUCUCAACGAGAAGAUUUACAUCUUUUUGUGGUUCUGGUUCAUCCUCCUGGCAGCGCUGUCCGGUGUCGCUUUGCUCUACAGCAUGGCCGUGGUUCUACUGCCCAGCACGCGGGAGACGAUACUUAGGAAACGAUUCAAAUUCGGUACGGCCGCUGGCGUCAGCGCGCUCAUCAGAGAAACACAGGUCGGCGAUUUCCUGUUGCUUCAUCUGCUGGGCCAAAACAUGAACGUGAUGAUGUUCAACGAAGUGCUCGACGAGCUGUGCCGUCACAUGCCUCUCGGAUCCGCGAGCGGAGCGUCGCCCGCGUCCGUGCCUUCGGCGCCCAGCACCCUGGAGAUGUCACCCAUUUACCCGGAGAUCGAAAAGUACGCCAAGGACACCGAGAUCUAAUCUCCGUGGGCCCGUUCGAUCGCACUCUCCGUCUUUUACCCUUCCGUAUUGUGAUAACACCGAGGGUGGUCGCGCACCUUUGGUUUCGCGAGAUAGAUUUGCGCUAUCACCGGCCAUUCCGACUCGUCGUUAAAAAGAUACGCGCGCAAAGGUGCAAAGUUCUUGCCAUUCUUUUCUCCAACGUAUCAACGAACCAACGAUAUUUGCUACCGUUCGACGCAUACCACAAUUAUCGACGUGGCCACGUUUGAAUCUGUCGUUGUUGAAUUACAAAUUGUUCGCGAUUACGUACGAGUCGAUGUCUGCGUGUAAUUGGUGCAAUUAUCGUUUGAGCGAAGAAUGUUACGUUUUGCAGAAAUAUUUAGCGUAAAGGAAAUCUCAUCGUAAGGAUUAUAUUCGAGGACAUUCCCAAUUGUCCGCAGCAAUAUUCGUCGAUAUAGGUCGUUGCGAAGUAGUAGAAAAUGUAUAGACGUUCUCGUCGUAUCGGAAGCGAGUUUGGAACGAUCUUGAAAUUAAAUUCGAAUGGACGAAAGUUUCGUAAAUUCGCGGUUUCGUUUGAAUCGCCUAAAACGUUGUAAUCGUUAUCCGCGAAAGACUCGAUUCGAUUAUUUUCAUAAAUCAGGACUGUACGUCGAUGGGUAUAAUUUUUUUUUUUUUUUACUUUGGUAAUACUCGAUUGCAUACUGGUUUACCCGCAUCGCGACGUCGAGUUUCGUUUCUAAAGUUGCGACGGUUACGUUGAAGAGAAGCUCCUAGCUUGACGUUAGCGUGUCUCGAUAAUUUCUCGUCGUCUCGAGAAGCUUGCGAAAACGAAGGGUUUCCAAAACGAAGCAUAAUAACGCUGGUAACGCGUGUUUAUCGGCAUGGAACUCGUUGCUCGCGUUCCAUGCUUUCUCAGAUCGUUCGAAAGAAUGUCACGAUGCUGCCGCUAAGAAAAUAAUGACAAUACUACGACAAUGAUAACUCUAUAACUAUUCCGUAGUUUUCUUUUUUGUAGUACGUACGAUUCGUUAUAUUACUACUAUUAGUCGCGUUUCAAGUGAUAUAUUAAGAUAGACUUAGCUUAAGACGAACGAGACGGAUGAUAUAGUUACGUAACGAUUGUUCGCAAUGUGCCUUCUUCGUAGGAUACAUCGACUACUUUAGAAUUUAGAACCUUUAAAGGUGUUUAAAGAAAAGAAAAAAAAAAAGUAAAAAUAAAA